GUGAUGGAGAGUGCAGGGGGAGGAAAUCACUGGGAAAAUGAGUGCUGCCAGGAGGGGAGGAGAUGACUCGGGGCAGUUCUCUCCUUCUGGAGGAUUUGCUGCACUCAGGGGACCCCCCUCUCCUGGAGGGUCACCUGUGGGGCCAGUUGUAACCAGUUCCCUUAUCGAAGCCGAGGGGCAGAGUGCGGCACUCCGGCUCCUGCGGGGAUCUGGCAGGAGGCAGCUGAGCUCCCUCUGGGCAGAGAGUGGGGAUAUAAGGAGAGGAACCCAUGGGCAAAGCAGCGACACGGUGCCGAGGAUAGGAUAGGAUAGGAUAGGAUAGGAUAGGAUAGGAUAGGAUAGGAUAGGAUAGGAUGCAGCUCCCGGCUCUGUGUUGCGGGGCCUCGCUGCUGCUGCUCAUCCUGCCAUGGGCGGGAGCACAGCCGGCCGGUGGUGAGCACGAUGCGGAGCUGCAGUCCCUGCAGGACCUCCUGGAAGCGCUGGGGCAGCUCCGGGAGGAGGAAGGGGAACCGGGCCUGGAAGACGAGCCGGUGGCCGGAGCUGAGGACAGCGGCUCUGAGCGGGACCUCCCGGGGGCGGAGAGCGGCCCGCCGGCUGCCCUGCUGCCGGCCCCCAGCCCUCCCCAGCCGGCGGAGGGGCAGAGCCAGUGGAGGAGCCUCCUCUCCUCCUACAGACGGAGGCACUUCUCCGGCUGCUUUGGGACGAGGAUGGAGAGGAUCGGCGCGCAGACGGGGCUGGGAUGCAACCAGUACAAAGCCCGUUUCUGGAGGAGAGGGAGAAGCUGAAGCCGGACCGGCUCCCAAGCGCUUCCUGAGCCUCCAGGCUGGUGUCCAGCAGCCGGACAGCCAGGCUCCCCCCGGAGCCUCCGCGGGGGUGGGGUAUGCAGAAUAAACUUUUGUACAAACUUUG